AUGGUUAAUUCAAAUAAAGUUAUCAUAGUUCUAAGUGGAAAAAGAAAAAGUGGGAAAGAUUAUAUUGCAGAUAAAAUUUUUAACAAGAUUGGUAACGAUACUUGUGUGCAAAUUAAAUUGGCAAAUCCUAUUAAAAUGCAUUUUUCAAAGAAAUUUGGACUAAAUUUUGAAGAGCUGAUAACAUCUUCUCCUUACAAAGAAGAAGUGCGUAAAGAAAUGAUACUCUGGGGGAAUGAACAGCGACUUACUGAUCCUUUUGUGUUUUGCAAAAUGAUUACAAAUGAUGCAGUAAGCUCAAGAAAAAACGUUUGGAUUUUAACAGAUGCAAGAUUGCGAACUGAUGUUGAAUAUUUUAAAAAAUAUGCAAUAAAAAAUAAUUUUCACUUUAUUUGCUUAAGAGUUGUUGCUGAUGUGCCAACACGGCAACUAAGAGGCUGGACCUUUGUUGAAGGAGUUGAUGAUAUAUCUUCUGAAUGUGGUUUAGAUGAUUACAGUGAUUGGGAUUUUGUUUUUUUAAAUUCAAGUGGAGAUAAUAUUGAACAUAAUAUUGAAAGUUUUUGUUCUAAAGUUAAGGCUUUGCUUUUAAAAGAAUAA